AUGGCGAAGGGGUCAGUGUUGGUGCUCAUGGUGGCCUUGGCCGCCGUCUUCCUGAAGCCGGCGGUGGCGGUGGUCGACGGCCGGUACGACGUAACAAUGCAGGAGAAGGUGAGAAAAAUAGUGGAGGAGAACCGCUUCGACGCCCCUGGGCUCAUCCGGAUCCUCUUCCACGACUGCUGGGUCAAGGGCUGCGACGCAUCGGUGCUGUUGAACAUGACCAAAGGCGAGAACGAGAUCCACGCGCCACAGAACGGCGGCCUCCGAGGCAUGGGAGUGAUCCAAUCCAUCAAGGACGCGCUCUCCGUGGACUACAACUACGUGAGCUGCGCCGAUGCCGUCGUCUUCGCGGCACGAGAGGCCACCGCCAUCCUCAGCAACUACGCCAUUGUGUACGAGGUGGACGGGCCGGGCCGCAACGACUCCACCACCUCCUACGCGGCCGACGCCGGCGUCCUCCCGCCGCCCUUCGCUGACUUCGACUUCCUCCUGGCCAACUUCCAGAGCAAGGCGGGCUUCGGCCUGGAGGAGCUCGUUGUCCUCUCCGGCGUGCACGCCAUCGGCCGAUCCCACCGCGGCACCUUCAACGACCGCCUUGACGGCACCGUCACCCCAUCCUCGCAGAUCAACGACGACUACCGGAACGCCAUCGACAGGAAAACCUCGACUUAUUAUUACCCGGCAUCAUGGCAAGCGCUUGUGGGGGCAAAGCCGUCGCCGGACAUGGCCGCCACGGCGGAGAACAACGUCCGCGACAUGGACGACGUUAGGAGCGCGUCCAGGUACGACGCCACGGGGGUGAAGCUGACGCCUAAAGGCGUCCUGGACAACAGCUACUACGCCGCUAACCUGCAGAACAUGGUGCUCUUCAAGUCCGACUGGACGCUAAGGACCAACUUUGCCGCCGGUGCCGCGAUGCAGCUGUACAAGGAGAAGCCCGAGAUCUGGUACGGCCUCUUCGGCAACGCCAUGGCCAAGCUCAGCAAGCUCGCCCCCGAGCGCCCUCAGGCCGAGUUUGUCCAGGGUGGGGCUAGGAAGUACUGCGACAAGAUUGAACCGGCCAUCGCGUAUUAA